CCAUCAUCAUGGCGAGCCAGUCGCAGGGCAUCCAGCAGCUGCUGCAGGCCGAGAAGCGCGCCGCCGAGAAGGUGGCCGAGGCCCGCAAGCCAAUAUAUUUUCAUGUAGAUGACUAGAUAUUUUAUAGAGCAGAGAGAGCUUUUUGGAGGGCUCAAAGCCAACUUUUUCUAUUAAGUGGAGCCAAAAUUUUUCUCAAAGAUCCUCACCUAAACAAACCAGCUUCUUAACUUCAGAUGCUGUUAUUUAAUGAAGGAAAGAAUCGGAGGCUGAAGCAGGCAAAGGAAGAAGCCCAAGCAGAGAUUGAACAGUACCGUCUGCAGAGGGAGAAGGAGUUCAAAGCCAAGGAAGCAGCGGCCCUUGGAUCUCAUGGUAGCUGCACCACUGAAGUUGAGAAGGAGACCCAGGAGAAGAUGAGCAUAAUCCAGCAGAACUUCCAGAAGAAUCGUGAGACAGUACUCUCUCAGCUGCUGUCACUAGUGUGUGACAUCAAACCAGAAAUCCAUGUGAAUUACCGCAUCAAUGGGUAGUAGUGGAAGAAGAGCAUACUGGAAUCACUGGCAGUAACAUCUGAGCUUCAGGUGGAAUGUACAGCCCUUAGCCAUACUUUAACUGUUCUUCUUGUGAAGAUGUUAAAUUAUUUCAAUGAGUUGCAGAUCAUCAGUAUCUUGUUGGGAGUUCUGUUAGUUUGCCUUUUGACAUAGAUUCAGAGCUUAUUAAAACAUUAAAUGGCCAUGUCUUGAAUCUGUGCUAAGUUGUGAAAUAUCUAUUCAAGCUGGCAUGUUAGUGCUCCUUCUUUUUUUUUUUUCUGGAUAGUAUUCAGUAAGCAGUUUUCCUCUGAGAAGCGGAAAAGGGGAGUCAGCGGUUCAAGAGAUUUGAAUAGAGAGCCUGAGUCUGUAUUUGUUAGAUCUGUGCACCUGUGUUCUUGUAGACCAAAAUGCAUCUUUCGGUGUAUUGUUAACCUUCACAUAGGAUUAAGCCUAGUAAGAAGAAUUUUUUUUGGCUGUGCAGUACUGGCUGGUAAUCUUCAGGUGCUUGUUUAUCUGUACUGAAUAUCCUCUGUAUAUUCUACUGUUAGCUUGAGUUACAAGUCUGGCUCUAUGAAACUUGAAAGUAAAAACACAUAUUUAACUCUGA